CUUUUUCUCUUUAUUGUUGGUAUCGAAGUGUGAGAUAUACAAUUGCCAUUAAAUGUAAUACGAAGUGAUCUUAACAUGGCUUCAGCAGAGUUCAUGGUGUCGAUCAUAUCGAAGCCGAUGUUUUCGUUUUUAUAGUUAGCAAUAAAACUUUACAUUAGAUAAUCUAUUUCUGGAGAGUCAAAGUGUCAUGAUAAUAUCAUACACUACAUCUGUAAGACUUAAAAUAGUACGAGACGUCUUUAUUUGUUGUUUUACAAACGAUGCAGUUAACACAACUUAUAUGUGGUGGAUGGGUGGUUCGUUGACUAAUUGGAUAGCAAUGAUCACGAUGAAGCUAACACUACUGUUGAUUGUGGCAUAUUUUUUCCACUGCGAAGGUGCCGUGAUUACGAGCAGUGAGGAACAGCCGGCGAUCAACAAUAGGCCUAUUAUUGGAAUUCUAUCACAAGAACAGUCUUUCUACCUUCAAGGGAAAUAUCCCAAAGAAAACUAUACGAGUUACAUUGCUGCCUCGUAUGUGAAGGCCAUCGAAGCAUCAGGAGCAAGAGUUGUGCCUAUAUUAAUAGGAAAAAAUCGUGAAUACUAUAGGGAUCUAAUGAGCAAAAUAAAUGGAGUGUUAUUUCCUGGCGGAGCGACGUACUUCAAUCAAUCCAAUGGUUACGCGGACGCUGGUCAGCAUAUAUACGAGAUAGCACAAGAAUUUAAUGAAGCCGAUGAUUAUUUUCCUAUAUUUGGAACGUGUCUCGGGUUCGAGUUACUUAUCAUACUUGCGUCAGGCCGCCGCGAAAAGGAAAACAGGAUCCAAUGCAAUUCUUCUUUGAGCCGUCCACUCAAUUUUACUAACGAUUUCCGUGAUAGUAAAAUGUUUAAAAAUGCGCCGCAGGAUCUCGUUGAUUUAUUAGCCUAUUACGACAUAACUGUUAAUGCUCAUCAAUUUUGCAUUGUUGACGAGAAUCUAAAAAACUUCAACUUGAACAAAGAUUGGCGAGUGACAUCCUAUUCGAAUGACGAUAAAGGAGUGCAAUUUAUAGCAACAAUUGAAAAUAAAAGAUAUCCAUUUUAUGGUGUGCAAUUUCAUCCCGAGAAGAAUUCCUUCGAGUGGAAGCAGUCCAAGAAUUACCCGCAUUCGUCGGACGCGGUGCGAGCGAACAGAUACUUUAUGGAUUUCUUCUUGAACGAAUGUAGAAAGAGUUCUCACACGUUCCGGAACGUAGACGAGGAGAAUGAGUACUUGAUUUAUAAUUAUGAACCUAAAUUCACUGGAAAAAUUGGUAGUCAGUACGAACAAUGUUACUUCUUCGAACCUCGACGUCAUAGACAUUGCACAGUUUAAUAUAAUAUGUUAGUUAUUUCAUUGUAAUAUCAAGUAUUCGUCUAUGGACAUGUUAAGAAACAGUAAUGCAUCUCGAAUUGUUAUGUACGUCUUCGAGAAUCACCAAAAGCGUUAGACUACUGGCUAUUCCUUACACUGUGGUAAUAUUUUGAAUUUGUUAUAGGUACAACUAUUUGAGAUCUACCUAUUUAGAGUUUAAUAAAUAAUUUAUUUAUAUAGCUUUAAUGUAUGCAAUAUGAAUAGGUAAAAGCACCUAUAUUUGGGUGUUCUGUACCGUGCUACAAUGUAAAGAAUAUUGUAGGUAGAAUAUACAAAAUAUACAAUUUAGGAAAAUUUAUAUUUAUACAAAUCAUAUUUUUCUAAAAUGUUAAUUAUAUUAUUAGCUAAUUACAUGA